AUGGACGAAAAAUUAACUCUUACACACACUCAAUAUGUUCCUAAAUUUCCCAAGUUAUCAGGAAAAUUAUCUGAGACUUAUCUUAACUUAAUUGAAACAUGCUUUGAGGGACAUAUCGAGUCAGACUCAUCUAAAGUUAGGACACUACUAUGUAGCUUACCAAUUGAGAUUGUAGACCAAGUUACGUCGAUAUGUUCUAAAGCACAGUUAAAAGACUUUAAUAUUGUUUUGAACUUUAACUUAGCUGUACAAGGUGCCGAGGAGUCCUUCCAUACUUUUUAUUUUAGGAUUUCAAAACUUCAUAAAAGAUGCGAUUUUGAUAACGAUACGAGAAUGAUUGAGAAAUUAAUAACUUGUUCUUUAAAUGAUAAUAUCAGAAGGAAGUUAAAUAAACAUAAGCACGAAGGCUUAGAUAAGAUGAUGAAAUUAAGAGUUGAGUUAGAUGGCAGCAAUAUUAAGCUGGAGAUUAGCGAUACAAAUUAUAUAGAUAAAAACGAAAUUAUAAAAAAUGAUUCUAAAACUUUUAAUAGUAGGGAGAAUCUUAAUAAUUUUAGGCCAAGUGAUAUAAAUAGCAGAAACUACCAAAACAGUAAUUUCCGAAAUAACGAGAGUCACUCUAGAAAUUUUAGUAAUAAUCAAUUUUCAAACAACUACAAUUCAAGCAAUUUUGGUAGGAACAACGCUCGGCUAAAUUAUAACUACAAUUCAAACAAUCACGGUAAGAACACCACUCGGCAAGAUUACAAUAACAAUUCAAACAAUUAUGGUAGAGGUACUUGGCAAAACAACAACAAUUCAAACUAUUACGGAAGAAACUCCAUGUGGCACAAUAACAAUAAUGCAAACAAUUAUGAUAAAAACAAUGCCUGGCAAAACAACAACAAUUCAAACUAUUACGGAAGAAACUCCAUGUGGCACAAUAACAAUAAUGCAAACAAUUAUGAUAGAAACAAUGCCUGGCAAAACAACAACAAUUCAAACUAA